UGGUUUAUUCCAGAUCGCCCACCGAAGGAGAGAAGUAGUUCGAGAGGAAAGUUGCUCUGGACACUAGAGCACAAGCUCCUCUGGGACUAGUUUCUAAUGUGUUGAUCUAAGUUGAGUUGAAAGAAUAGUGAACUGCACAUCGAGAGAAGGAAAAGUCUGCUGCUACAAGGGAGGCUAUAAGCCCACAUAAUCCUCUGUCAAGAUGGGUGUUCAAAACGGAGGAUCCAAGCAAAAUGUCAACGGCUCUAGUAGUUCAAUCGACAAUGACCUGAUUGAGUCGCCAAGUGACAUCGUUCUCUCGGCGCCCGAGAGAAAAUUCUUGCUCUAUGUACAAAGGGGAGACGUCGCCUCAACUCGAAGACAUCUUGAGGAAUUCAGAGACAAGCCUCAAGAAUUGGACAUCAACUGCACAGAUCCCCUGGGUCGCACAUCCAUCGCUGUCGCUAUUGAAAAUGAAAACUUGGACCUUUUGGAAACUUUGCUGGAGUUUAACGUCAAACCAAGGGAUGCUCUUCUUCACGCCAUUUCUGAAGAAUAUGUCGAGGGAGUCGAGGUUCUGCUCGCAUGGGAAGAGAGGAACCACAAGAAAGGCGAAGCUUACAGCUGGGAAAACAUAUCAAGGGAGACUGCUACCUUCACCAAAGACAUCACGCCCUUGAUUCUGGCAGCCCAUCAUAAUCACUAUGAAAUCUGCAAACUGCUUUUGGACAGAGGAGCCUCUUUGCCCAUGCCCCACGACAUCAGAUGCGGAUGUGACGAGUGCAUCAUUUCUACCGAGGAAGAUUCCCUUCGUCAUUCCUUGUCUCGAAUCAAUGCUUACCGAGCGCUCGCUGCUCCUUCACUGAUUGCUCUGUCGUCUAAAGAUCCCAUCCGAACUGCCUUUGAGCUUUCAGGUGAACUAAGACGUCUUCAGGGAAUGGAACACGAAUUCAAAUCGGAAUAUCUUGAACUUCGGAAAGGAAUGAUGAAGUUUGUGGCCGAGUUGUUGGACCAGACUCGUACGCGCCAAGAGCUAUCAGUCAUGCUGAACUAUGACCCGGAAUCCGAUGGCUUAGAUGAGGGAGAUUCUCUGGCUAGACUCAAAGAAGCGAUCAAGUAUCGCCAAAAGCAGUUCGUGGCACAUCCCAACGUCCAGCAGUAUCUAGGAGCCAUUUGGUAUGACGGCCUUCCUGGAUUCCGUCGCUUGCCUUUCGUCGGUCAAUGCGUCCAGGUGGCCAAAUUAGGCUGCAUGUUCCCGCUCCUGUCUAUGUGCUACAUGAUCAACCCCAACAGCGAAAAGGCCAAGUUCAUGAAGAAACCGUUCGUCAAAUUCAUCUCUCACUGCGCUUCGUACAUGUUCUUCCUCAUGUUGCUGGCUCUGGCGUCCCAAAGAAUCGAGUACCUCCUCAUCGAGUGGUUUGGGAACGCUUGGUUGCGUUCGAUCCUGGAAGACUGGAAGAUCAGAGAACGUGGAUCAUUGCCCGGUUUGGUGGAAUUGUUCAUCGUGAUGUACGUUUUCAGUCUUAUAUGGGCUGAAAUCAAAUCCUUAUGGAGCGACGGCAUACUGGAAUACAUAAAAGAUUUAUGGAACAUCAUCGAUUUCGUCACCAACUCUUUCUUCAUGGCCUGGAUUCUCCUUCGCACGACUUCCUUUCUCAUCGUGCAGAGGGACUUGUGGAGAGGCAUGUGGCCCUACUACCCUCGAGAAUCUUGGCAUGCUUUCGACCCCAUGCUCAUUUCCGAGGGCUGUUUUGGUGCCGCUAUGAUUUUCAGUUUCCUGAAGCUAGUGCAUAUCUUCAGCAUCAACCCCCAUCUGGGUCCUCUUCAGAUCUCUCUAGGCCGCAUGAUCUUCGAUAUUCUGAAAUUCUUCUUCUUGUACACUCUCGUGCUCUUCGCCUUUGGCUGUGGUCUGAAUCAGCUUAUGUGGUACUAUGCGGAACUGGAGAUGAAUAAGUGUUAUCACUUACCCGGGGGGAUGCCGGAUUACGACAACGAGGAACAGGCUUGCUUCAUUUGGAGACGAUUUGCCAACUUGUUCGAGACGUCCCAGUCUCUGUUCUGGGCUUCUUUUGGUUUGGUGGAUUUAGACGCCUUUGAACUCACGGGUGUUGGGAGCUUCACGAGAUUCUGGGCUAUGUUGAUGUUCGGUUCAUACUCGAUGAUAAACGUCAUUGUGCUGCUCAAUCUCCUCAUUGCUAUGAUGUCAAAUUCAUAUAACGCGAUCUCGGAGCGUUCAGACACUGAAUGGAAGUUUGCUCGAACGAAUUUGUGGCUGAGCUACUUUGAAGGGGGCGCCACCGUUCCUCCACCUUUCAAUAUCAUACCCACACCUAAAGGCAUCCUGAGGGCGCUAGGUGUGACUGGCAAGAAAGUUAGGGGUUCCUUCAAGGAAAAGUCCAAGAAACGAUGUGAAACCAGACAUCAGAAUGUCAUGAGACUCUUGGUUCGUCGUUAUAUCACUGAACAACAACGCAAAGCAGAUGAGAAGGGCGUCACAGAAGAUGACAUCAAUGAAGUCAAGCAAGAUAUUUCCACUUUCAGAUAUGAGUUGAUCGACAUCUUGAAGAACAAUGGUAUGAAUACGUCAAUGGUCAACGCUGGAGAUUCAACGGUUGUGGGCAAGAAGGGUCGAGCUAUGGAGCGUCGACUGAUGAAAGGUUUCAACAUUGGCAUGGUUGAAGGGCUUAUGACAGAAAUUCUCACAAGUGAAAAGAAACCCAAGAACAUAUUCGGAAAGUUGGCGCGAGCAAUGGGCAAGAAGAAGAAGGAAGACUGGAAUGCAAAGGUCUCCAGAGCAUCUCUGCGUAGGGAUCAGAUUGGUUCCUCAGAGACCAGUCUCAGAAGAUCUCAGACUUCCAUCAAGAGACGUAUCCAAUAUGAAAAUGCCAAACUCUUGCAGAGCAUGAAUCCAGAUAACAUUGCAGAAUAUAACCCCAAUCUGGAGUCACACACACCAACAACUCGUGUGGCUUAUGCUAAAUUCAAAGUUGCAACAAUCAAGAAAGAGAAGGAGAGGCAGAAGAAUGCUGCAGCUCAGCAAAAAGCAACAGCAGAAAAUCAAAAACUUGAAGUUGAGAAGCAACAAGAUGCUGCCAAUAAACCAUUCAAUUCUAGGUCACCAUCACCACAGCCUCCUAAAGGGAAACCCACCACAGCUCCUACUUCCAAACCAGCAGCUAGUGCUCCUGCUCCACCUAAAGCCCCAACUAGUGGUCCUCCUCCACCUAAAGCCCCAACUAGUGCUCCUGCUGCAAAAUCUCCACCACCGCCUAAAAAAGUAUCCAGUCCUCCUCCAUCCUCAGCACCACCACCUCCAAAAAGUCCAGCACCAGCCCCCGGAAAGGUUGUGGUACCAGCUGCCUUCCAGCAGGGAGGUGGACCUCCUCAGUCACCACCCCCUACCAUUAGGCCACCACCUGCUAAGAUCCAUCCAUCAGCACCACCCAGAUCGCUAUCACCACCACCAUCCCAACCACCCCCAACUGCACCUCCAAGGGUCAGUGUCACACCAUCCACGCCAGUACCUAGUAAACCACCUACCAAACCACCAAGCCAGCCUCCUCCAAAAGUGCCUUCAUCAUCUCCUAAGCCACCACCUCCUAAGUCAUCUUCCCCAGCACCUGGGCAUGAUGCUUCAAAACACACUCCCGAUUUAGGAGGAAAAUCCCAAGUAACAGGCCAGAUGCGCACGGGAUGGCUAUAAAGCCAAAAUCUUCUGAGUAACCUUGGUAAGAAAACAGUUGCCUGCAAAACGAAUAUCAUCUCCAAGAAUGCAUGAUAUGGCUAACAGGACGCCUCUGAACUGUAUGAUUAUGCCAGUGUUAUAAAUGCACUGGCUUAUUGCCAUUGUAUGUUUGCAUUACCACGUCAAUGGAAGUUUUUCACGAUACCUUAGUUUUACUGGAUGUUAUGACUUCGUUCAUUUUUAUUCCGAGAAAACCUAUUUCAUACCCUGAUGGUUGUAGAGUAUAUUAAUUCCACGAGUAAUGCUACUUGCUCCCCACUGCUGGUUGCAGGUGGUAAAGAAACCUCAUCAAAAUAAAAUAGUAGACCUGUAGCUAUAUGGUAUUUGAAUACUUUCAGAAUGAUACCAAAGUGAUAUCUAUUAGCAUCUCAUAGACAGGAAUUUGAGCAUUCUGUUGCUUUACCACAACUUGAAAAAGGUACAAUUUUUGCAUUUCGAUGAGGCGAAAAAUAACUUUUGCUAUUCGCAUGCCCUGAAUAUCGAUUGAAAUCAACUCCUGGCUCAAAACUUGCUGAUUAAUCGGGAAAUUGCUAGUUUGAAAACUCAAAAAGGACCUGAUUUUUCUUUUAUUAUUAUCGCCAUUUUCGCCGUUUCUUGCAAAGCUUUGUAAGUGCCAUAUUAAAACUGUACAGAGAUGAGCGAUGCAAGCUAUUAAUUUUUUCUAAUUCACCAAAAUUUGCGACGUAAUAUGAAAAAUUAGCAAAAGUAACAGCGAAAUCUACACCCCACUUUUGUAAAUAAAGAUCCUCUGAAUUUAUCACCACUGAACAUGCUUACUCAUCAUUGAUAUUAUCAUUAUUAUUAGCUAAUGGUGAAGGUAUUUCAAAUAUGCUGGACUGAAGAGACAAAAAAUUGCUUCUUCCCUGUUUUUUGUCAAUAACGUCUUAGAGCAGUGGAAUUAAACAACCCGUUCUCAAUUUUGCAGUAUCCUCCAAGAGUAUUUAUAAUUCUCUAUUUCAUUGAUUUCGUAACAGAGAACUUUUAUAGUAUAUGAAAGCUUGAGUUUAACAGGUAAAAAGUUAUAUUCAGGCUUUCAGAGCUACACGAUAUAUUUUGUAGAUCACGAAUAUUUUGUACUUUUGCACCGGAUUUUACUUGAAAAUAUGAUUAACUGUAAUUCCCGUAGUUAUGAAAAUGUUCAUUAAGCAUCUUUGCCUCAUAGUGCUUCGCCCGUCAAGUAAACAUUUUGCGGCGAGUUUUUUCCUCAAAAGUAAAGAAAACUUUACACUGAAAACAAUAUAUU